AUGGCACGGAGAGGAAUCAAACGAAAAGCUCCAGACCUUGGACAUUUGCCAUCAUUAGAGGAUUAUCAGCCGACACUUUUUCUGCGAUGCCACAAUCAAAAGGAUAAUGAUGAUGAAACCAAGAUUUGGAAGUGCGCCUUUGAACCUUCCCUCGAAAACCCAGAAGAAACAACAAAUCUGCUGGCAACAUGUGGGGGCAAGACAGUCUGUAUCAUCGAUGUUCAAACACAACAGGUCCUCAAACGUUUUCAGGACACAGACAAGAAUGAAAAUUUCUACACUCUAGCUUGGACUACAAUUGAAGCCGGCAAUAAGAAGAAAGUCAAUAUUCUGGCUGUUGCAGGGGAAGGGGCAAUGGUGAAGCUGAUCUACCCCAGCCAGCUUCUCAUGUACGCAGUCAUCCGUGGACACAAGAAAUACAUCAGCUGUUUGCUCUUUCACCCAACACUCACACGUCUGCUGUUCAGUGGCUCUAGAGAUGGCUUUGUGUUUUUGUGGGACAUUGGUAUCCCUGACAAGGCCCCAAACAGCAAUUAUAUGCCGUUGCUGAAGAUUUCCCUGCAGGACACUGUUGGUGAUGCUCUCAACCUUGUCUUCAGUGAGCGCUCCCAGCUGCUGAUAGCUGGUGCUGAGAGAGGCUGUGUUGGAUGGAUAGUCACUGAUUGUCCUUCGCUGACGCCUGUCAGAAGAGCAAAAGUCAUUGAGAAAGCAGACUUGAUCUUCCAGCACCCCAAGUCCAAGACUUUAACUGUGGAUGGGUUGAUCAGUUUGCCAGGAGAUUUGAUUGCCACCAAACAGGUGGGGUCUGGAGAGAUUCUCAUCUGGGACCUGAGCAAACAUGUGGAGAAGGGGAAGAAGGAGGUUGCUAUAGAGCCUCUGAUUAAACUGAAGUACCCGCAGCACAAUGUGAAAUAUCUCAACCUGGGUUAUAAUAAUGGGCUUCUGGGUGUUGGGGACGACCAAGGUAACCUGCUCUUGUAUAAUAUCAAAGAAAUCAUCAGUAAACAUCGCAGCGAGGAUGAGCAAAAUGUCUGGGAGGCAUCCAGCAUUUUGGAAUGGCCACACAUUUUAAACAAUGCAGCCCCACUAGCUCUGCGCCAGGAACUUGUGGUCAAUACUGUGGCCAUCAGCAGCAGUCACGAGUACGUCACGGGCGGCACGGACAACAACCUGGUGUGCAUUUGGAAAAGAGAAGAGGAAGAGACUUCACACACAGAGGGAGAGUGA